CACUCGUUUACCGAUACUUUACUCAACGCUUUGUCCUAAUAGCUCAUCGUUUCAUUCCUCUGUUGUCAAUUUCUUGCUUCUGUCGUUUUUGAGCGCCUCAAACAUCAAUAUGACCACGCGCUCAGGAACGGCCUCAAGCGAUACCGAGAAGGAAUCGCAUGAGCAACGCGCCCCCCAAGCCGGACGAAGUGUCUCCGAUCCGGAUCAGAUCUCGUCGGUGCCUCAAUUAGGCGAUCCCUUCGCUACACCAAACGCUCAGACGCCAGUCAACAGCUCUCCACAUCCUUCAAACCCUGCAUCGAGGACUCCGUCUAGGCAAGGUUCGUCGAAGCCGGAAGUCACAUCGGGUAAUUCAAGUGGGGUCCUCCGUCCUGGGCAAAACAGAUACUUCAAGUCACGACGCAUUAAGAAGGGUGAGGUCGAGAGGCCAUGGCUCGAGAAGAAGGAUCCCAACGAGAAGUGGGUGACGAUCAUCCCGAUUGUUGGAGUACUCUUGGGCCUCGCCGUCGCUGGUGUCAUCAUCUGGGACGGUCUUCGCAGUGUUACCAAUCACAAAUACUGCCCGGUCCUGGACGAGACCUUCGCCUCAGGCUGGAACGACCAGAUCUGGUCGAAAGAGGUAGAAGUUGGCGGCUAUGGCAAUGGCCAGUUCGAGCAAACCACCAACAGCGACGAGAACGUGUACAUUAACAAGGGCAUUCUGUACAUCAAGCCGACCGUCCAGGACGAAUCUCUCAUCGAGAAAGACAUCGUCAUAGACUUGCGGGGCAAGGGCUGUACGGGCACGAAAUACACCGAUUGCAUUGCUACUACCAAUACGACUAAUGGAACCAUCGUCAAUCCCGUCAAGUCUGCUCGCAUCAACACCAAGCUCGGCGCAUCGAUCAAGUUCGGCCGGGUUGAGGUCACCGCUAAACUUCCUGCUGGGGAUUGGCUAUGGCCAGCCAUUUGGAUGCUGCCGAAGGAUAAUGCAUACGGGGAGUGGCCCAGAUCUGGUGAGAUUGACAUAAUGGAGUCGCGCGGCAACAACUACACAUAUGGUCAGGGAGGCAACAACGUCGUCAGCAGCACCCUACACUUUGGUCCGAACUCAGCGAACGAUGGAUGGUGGCGCAAUAACGUCAAGCGUCAGGCUCUGCACACUACGUACUCGGACAGCUACCAUACAUAUGGUGUUGAAUGGAGCGAGAAGUAUAUCUUCACCUACAUCGACACGCGCCUCAUGCAGGUAUCGUACACGCACUUCGACCAACCCUUCUGGAACUACGGUGCGUUCCCGCUCUCGGACAGCAACGGCACACGUCUCGAGAACCCCUGGGCAAGGACCAGCAGCAACGCGUCACCCUUCGACAAGGACUUCUACCUCGUACUCAACGUCGCUGUCGGUGGCACGAACGGCUGGUUCAAGGAUGGCAAGUCCGGGAAACCGUGGCUGGAUGGCAGUCCAACCGCAAAGCUUGACUUUUGGCGCGCGAGAGAGCAGUGGUUUCCUACUUGGCAGGAUCGGGGCUGGAUGGAGGUCAAGCGCGUGAAAAUGUGGCAGCAGGCGGGUUACAAUGGCUGCGAGUAAUUUUACUAUGACGGGACCAGACCCGACUAUGUUGUUACAUGUGUUUGUUGUAGGCGGUAUGCGAUAAUAUGGCGCGGAAAGUUGGGCUUUGGUGUUCAGGGUGGAUGGGUUGGUGUUCAGGAGU